ACGUCCACACCGCAUCCGCACACGGGUAAAGCCCUAAAUACUUGACGUUUACGCAACAAACAUGAAAUAUAGCAACAGUUUGUGUCCAUACAAUGACGCUCGAUAAACACACGCCGUUCAAUGCUAAACAUGUUCCUUUAACACAAAUUAAGAAUAAGAAGAAAGUUGUUAAACUAGCUUCCGCCAUCUUUGCCAUCAAAUCAAUGUCACCAAAGUGACCAUCAAUUUUGGAGCUGCCGCCGAUAGUUAAGCAACGUCUAUGUUACAUAUUCUUAUAUAUAUUAUAUACACAUCAGGCGUGCUUUAAAUUAUGCUUACCUGUUAACAAGAGGGAAAACGAUAACAAACCGAUUUGGAGGGCUGCUCUGUUCCAUCUGCAACACAAAUGCUACAGUUGGAUUUGAAAACUAAAGCUUAAACUAAAACCCCCCAGCACAUGAUGCAUAUGGCAGCAGCACCCCAAGGCAACUCCUCGUCCAGCCGGGGGCUCCAGUAGCCCACCCCUAUGCCUGUGAUCCCCAUCCCUCGGCGUGUGCGCAGCUUCCAUGGGCCCCACACCACCUGCAUGCACUCGGCCUGCGGCUCCACGCACAACACCAAGCUGGUGCGCACCAAGUACAACAACUUUGACCUUUACCUGCGCUCGCGCUGCAUUUACAGCUUCCUGCGCUUCCUGCUGUACUUCGGCUGCAGCCUGCUGACCUCCCUCCUGUGGGUGGCGCUCUCGGCGCUCUUCUUCGUGCAGUACGUCAGCGUGCGGGUGCUGUUGCGCGUGCAAUACAAGCUUUCCGUCAUUCUCAUCUUACUGGGACACAGGCGCUUGGACUUUGCGGUGGUGAACGACCUGAUCAUAUACAGCAUGCAGAUCACCAUGUUCAUGGUGGGUGGGCUCGGAUGGUGCUUCAUGGUGUUUGUGGAUAUGUAGUCUCUAGUAAUGCUCCCUGGACAACAUUAAACCUGUGUAAUGUAUGCACUACUGUUGCUUUUUCAAUCAUUACAAAGUCGGUGGGAUAUCUCAUUCAUCAAGUGUAGCUCGGAAUUCUUCGUUUCGGUGGGAAGAAUGCUGAUGUGUGAGUGAAGCUUUAGUGGGAAAAGUACAAAUUGUAUCGCUUUAAGCCAGUGUUUCCUGAAUCUCCACCUAAAAUUGCAGCAACUAACAUUUUGGCAGCUUACACCAAAAAUCACCAAGUAGAAAUGUGACUCGUAAUUCCUAAAAUAGCAGAGUGCUCCUGUCAUAUUGGAGAUCUUUGACUGGUGUUUUCACAGCAGUUUAAAAAAAACAGCAGAGCAGUCCUGUUAUACACAUACUUGCCAACCCUCCCGAUUUUCCCGGGAGACUGCCGAAAUUUCAGUGCCCCUCCCGAAAAUCUCCCGGGGCAACCAUUCUCCCGAAUUUUUCCCAAUUUCCACCCGGACAACAAUGUUGGGGGCGUGUCUUAAAGACACUGCCUUUAGCGUCCUCUACAACCUGUCGUCACGUCUGCUUGUCCUCCAUACAAACAGCGUGCCAGCCCAGUCACAUAAUAAAUGUGGCUUUUACACACACAUAAGUGAAUGCAACGCAUACUUGAUCAACAGACAUACAGGUCACACUGAGGGUGGCCGUAUAAACAACUUUAACACUGUUACAAAUAUGCGCCACGCUGUGAACCCACACCAAACAAGAAUGACAAACACAUUUCGGGAGAACAUCCGCACCGUAACAACAUAAACACAAUAGAACAAAUACCCAGAAUCCCUUGCAGCACUAACUCUUCCGGGACGCUACAGUAUACACCAGUGGUUCUCAACCUUUUUUCAGUGAUGUACCCCCUGUGAACAUUUUUUUAAUUCAAGUACCCCCUAAUCAGAGCAAAGCAUUUUUGGUUGAAAAAAAAGAGAUAAAGAAGUAAAAUACAGCACUAUGUCAUCAGUUUCUGAUUUAUUAAAUUGUAUAACAGUGCAAAAUAUUGCUCAUUUGUUGUGGUCUUUCUUGAACUAUUUGGAAAAAAAGUUAUAAAAAUAACUAAAAACUUGUUGAAAAAUAAACAAGUGAUUCAAUUAUAAAUAAAGAUUUCUACACAUGGAAGUAAUCAUCAACUUAAAGUGCCCUCUUUGGGGAUUGUAACAGAGAUCCAUCUGGAUUCAUGAACUUAAUUCUAAACAUUUCUUCACACAAAAAUAAAUCUUUAACAUCAAUAUUUAUGGAGCAUGUCCACAAAAAAUCUAGCUGUCCACACUGAAUAUUGCAUUGUUGCAUUUCUUUUCACAGUUCUUUUUGACAUACAUAUUUUUAAAAUCUCACGUACCCCUUGGCAUACCUUCAAGUACCCCCAGGGGUACGCGUGCCCCCAUUUGAGAACCACUGGUAUACACCCUCGCUACCACCAAACUCCACCCUCCCCCCAAACGCCCAUCUCCCGAAUUCAGAGGUCUCAAGGUUGGCAAGUAUGGUUAUACAAAGGAUCUUUGAAUAGUGGUUUUGAAUCAGUUCCUUUAAAAAAUAGCAGUGCACUCCUUCCAUAUAGGAUCUUUGACUGGUGUUUUUUGCAGCAGUUCUUUAUAAAUAGUAGCGCGCUUCUCGCAUUUAGAGGAUCUUUGGUGUUUGGCAGCAGUUCUUUAAAAACAGCAGCACGCUCCUGUCAUAUAGAGCAAAGUUCCCCAACCUUUUUUUUCCACCAGGGACCGGUUUAAUGUACGCAUUAUUUUUCAUGGACCGGCUUUCUAUGGGUGGCAGAUAUAAACAGCAAAAACAAUGAGCAUGAUAAAUUAACCUUUGGCUACAAUCUGGCACAUGAACAUUUUACAUGUCCGUUAAAGUGCUUUUUGCCAUGUACUAUAACAAUAAUGUUGUAGUAUACAUCUAUUAAUAAGCUUAUUGGUGUGUUUAGUGGGACAGGCAAAAGUUAAGUCGGAGAAAAUGCGGUAGUUUAUAAAUUAAUUAUUGUUUCUGUGCGGCCCGGUGGCAAUUGGUUCACGGACCGGUACCGGUGGUUGGGGACCACUGAUAUGGAGGAUCUUUGACUAGUUUUUAGCAACAGUUCUCUAAACACACUGCUCCUGUCAUAUAAAUGAUCUUUUACUUGUGUUUUUUGUUUUUUUUUGGCAGCAGUUUUAAACACAAAACAAAACCGCAGAGCGCUCAUGUCAUAUAGAGGAUCUUUGACUGGUGAUUUUGCAGCAGUUCUUUAAAAAAACAACUGCAGAGCGCUUUUGAUUGGUGGUUUUGCAGUAGUUUAAAGAAAACACAGCAGCAGAGCAUUCCUAUUAAUUUGAGCAUCUUUGAUUGUCAUUUUUGAAGCACGUCUGUGACAACAGCUGCACACGCCUGUUUUAUGAAGGAUCUUUGACUGGUGUUUUUGCAGCAGUUCUUUAAAAAACAGCAGAGCGCCCUAGGAUCUUUACCGUUUUUUGCAGCAAUUCUGUAACAACAGACGAGCACCCCUUUUUAUGUGGAGGAUCUUUGACCGGUGUUUUUUUUUGCAGCAGCAGUUACAAUAAACUACAGAGCGCUCCUGUCAUAUAGGGGAUCUUUGACUGAUGUUUUUGCAGCAGUCCUUUAAAAGACAGCAGAGUGCGCUAUCAUAUUGAGGAUCUUAUCAUUUUUGCAGCAGUUCUAUAACAACAGCAGAGCCCUCCUGUCAUGUAGAGGACCUUCGACCGGUGUUUUUUUGCAGCAGCAUUAGUUAAAAUAAACUGCAGAGCGCUCCUGUCAUAUAGAGGAUCUUUGACUGUUUUUUUGCAACAGUUCUUUUAAAAAAACUGAACAGGAAAGCGCUCCUGUCAUAUAGGGGAUCUUUGACUGGUGUUUUUGCAGCAGUUCUUUAAAAGACAGCAGAGCGCCUUAUCAUAUUGAGGAUAUUAACGUUUUUGCAGCAGUUCUGUAACAACAGCAGAGUGCUCCUGUUAUUUAGAGGAUCUUUUACAGGUGUUUUUUUUUUUUUGCAGCAGUUAAAAUAAACUGCAGAACGCGCUCCUGUCAUUUAAAGCAUCUUAGUGUUUGGGCAGACAUUCUUUAAACAAAAAAAAAAGCGAAACGCUCCUGUCAUCUAAAAUAUCUUUGACUUUUCUUUACAGCUGGGGUCCCCAAACUACGGCCCGCGGGCCGGAUAAGGUCCGCCAGGGUCCAAAAUCCGGCCCGCAGGAACCUAAGUUAAAAAAAAAAAAAAAGUUUAAUUACCGUAUUUUUCAGAGUAUAAGUCGCACCGGAGUAUAAGUCGCACCUGCCGAAAAUGCAUAAUAAAGAAGGAAAAAAACAUAUAAGUCGCACUGGAGCCCGACCAAACUAUGAAAAAAACUGCGACUUAUAGUCCAAAAAAUACGGUACUUUUUUUUUUUUUUAAUCUGUCCUUUUUAAUCCAUUUUCUACCGCUUGUUACUCUCUGUGUCUCCUCCCGGCUCAGGCAAAUCAUAUUGUCUAAAAUUUUAUUUUCCCAUUGAUAACGUGACAUCAUCGGCAAGUGCGCACUCUUUUUAGUCAAUUAGUGCAUAUAUAUAUAUAUAUAUAUAUAUAUCUAUCCAUCCAUCCAUCUUCUUCCGCUUAUCCGAGGUCAUAUAUAUAUAUAUAUAUAUAUAUAUAUACG